CACACACACACAGACACAGACACACACACACACACACGCCCAUUUAUAUAGGCGGCGGCGGCGGCGGCGGCAGUGGCCAGGGCGGCGGCGGCGAGCGCAGAAACGAUGGAGCUGAGCCAGCUGACCCCGGUUGGAAGCAAGUGAGGAGAAGCCAGGCGCAUCCCGGGGUUUCUGUGUCCAGCGCUUGUCAUCCUUCCUAGAGAACCGUGCACCAGGAGGAGGAAGACUGGUCAGACUAUCUGCCAGGGAGAGGGCGGAGAAGAGGAGGAGGCCAGGUGAGCCGAGGAGCCCCUUGCAUAUCUGGACCGCCCGGAUCGCGCCUGGCCGGACUCCUGCCCUCUCCUUGCUCAGGUGGGCGCGCCCGGUCCGCAGCUCACCAGGGACGCUCAGGGGAACUGAAAGUCGCCGCCCGGUUGCGCGGGAUGCCUUUCGCCAAGCGGAUCGUGGAGCCGCAGUGGCUGUGUCGGCAGAGGCGCCGGGCGCCCGGCCCAGAUGAGGACGCGAGUGGAGACAGCAUAGAGCCGCCGCCGCCCCUGCAGCCGCCUGGCCGGAGGGAGGAGGCCGAGGCCCCGGGGCCGGAGGAGCCUCCUCAUGUGCCCGUGGCUCCUGAGCCUCUCCCACUGCCGCCACCUCAGCCGCCGUUGCCCGCGCCAGCAGAGCAGGCUCAGCAGCCACUCGGAGAGGCGUCAGCGGCCGGCGAGGAGAGCGUGGCGGGGGUCCCGGAGGCGGCGUCCGCAGCCGGCGAUGCAUCCUCGGCUGCGGCCGCGGCUGUGCUGCUCAUGCUGGACCUGUGUGCCGUCAGCAACGCUGCUCUGGCACGGGUCCUCCGUCAGCUCUCAGACGUGGCCCGGCACGCGUGCAGCCUCUUCCAGGAGCUUGAGAACGAUAUCCAGCUUACUCACCGCCGAGUCUGGGCGCUGCAAGGCAAGCUCGGCGGCGUGCAGCGCGUCCUCGGCACGUUGGACCCCAAGCAGGAGGCAGUGCCUGUCUCCAACCUGGACAUCGAGAGCAAGUUAAGCGUAUAUUACCGUGCACCAUGGCACCAACAGCGAAACAUCUUCCUUCCAGCUACCAGGCCACCCUGUGUGGAGGAGCUGCACCGCCAUGCCAGACAAAGCCUGCAGGCCCUACGCAGAGAACACCGGAGUCGGAGUGAUCGCCGAGAGCAGAGGGCUGCUGCUCCUCUUUCCAUAGCUGCUCCACCACUGCCAGCCUACCCUCCAGCUCAUAGCCAGAGGAGGCGUGAGGCAAAGGACCGCCACUUCCUAACAUUUAACAGCACCCGUUCGCCCUCCCCCACUGAGUGUUGCCACAUGGCCCCAUGGAGUAGAAAGUCCCACUCCCCAGAGGAUGAAGAUACAGAUGUUAUGUUAGGGCAGAGGCCAAAAAACCCAAUACACAAUAUCCCCUCUACACUGGACAAGCAGACCAACUGGAGCAAAGCACUACCUCUCCCAACACCCGAGGAGAAGAUGAAACAAGAUGCCCAAGUCAUUUCUUCUUGCAUUAUUCCCAUCAAUGUCACUGGAGUUGGUUUUGACAGAGAGGCUAGUAUCCGCUGCUCUCUUGUUCAUUCACAAUCCGUACUGCAGCGAAGACGAAAACUGAGGAGAAGGAAAACCAUCUCGGGCAUUCCCAGAAGAGUUCAACAAGAAAUAGAUUCUGAUGAAUCGCCAGUGGCCAGGGAAAGGAAUGUGAUUGUGCACACAAACCCAGACCCCUCCAACACUGUCAACAGGAGAUCUGGAACCAGGGACUCUGAGUGCCAAACUGAGGAUAUUCUGAUUGCCGCCCCGUCCAGAAGGAGAAUCAGAGCUCAGAGGGGCCAAAGCAUCGCAGCUUCCCUUUCUCAUUCUGCCGGCAACAUUUCUUCACUGGCCGACAAAGGCGACACUAUGUUUUCUCCUGCAGUAAGCAGCCGCACAAGAUCUCGGAGCCUUCCUCGGGAGGGGAACAGAGGUGGAGAUGCUGAGCCCAAAGUUGGUGCUAAACCCUCAACAUAUGAAGGAGAGCCAUUUGUGGCUGACCACGAAAGAACCCCUAAUGAUUGCAGUGAAGCCCCAAUCAGCCCGAAUACACAGGAACACCAGCCUGCUUUGGGCCUGGCCUGUUCUCAACAUCUUCACAGCCCCCAGCACAAGUUAAGCGAGAGAGGGAGGUCUCGUCUGUCCCGAAUGGCUGCUGACUCCGGAAGCUGUGACAUCUCCUCCAACUCAGAUACCUUUGGGAGCCCCAUCCACUGUAUUUCCACUACUGGUGUCCUCCUUAGCAGCCACAUGGACCAGAAAGAUGACCACCAGUCAUCCAGUGGUAACUGGAGUGGGAGCAGCUCCACAUGCCCCUCACAGACCUCAGAAACCAUCCCUCCUGCAGCUUCUCCUCCCCUCACUGGCUCAUCCCACUGUGACUCAGAAUUGUCACUGAACACAGCUCCUCAUGCUAAUGAGGACACCAGUGUCUUUGUGGCAGAACAGUACAGUGACCACUUGGAUAAAGUAAGAGGACACCGGGCAAACUCCUUCACUUCUACUGUUGCGGAUCUGCUGGAUGACCCCAACAACAGCAACACAAGUGAUAGUGAGUGGAAUUAUAUGCACCACCACCAUGAUGCAUCUUGCCAUCAAGAUUUUAGCCCUGAGCGUCCCAAGGCAGAUAGCCUAGGAUGCCCAAGUUUCACAAGCAUGGCUACUUAUGACAGCUUUCUGGAAAAGUCUCCAUCAGACAAAGCAGAUACCAGCUCUCACUUCUCAGUGGACACAGAAGGAUACUAUACUUCCAUGCACUUUGAUUGUGGUCUCAAAAGUAACAAGAGUUAUGUCUGUCACUAUGCAGCCAUGGGCCCAGAGAAUGGCCAGGGUGUGGGGGUUCCUCCUUCUCUUCCAGACUGCACAUGGCAGGACUACUUGGACCACAGGAGGCAGGGGAGACCAAGCAUCUCUUUUAGGAAACCAAAGGCAAAACCAACUCCACCUAAACGUAGCUCAUCAUUGAGAAAGUCCGAAGGAAAUGCAGAGGUUCCUGAGAAGAAAGAACCAAAGAUAAGCAGUGGUCAGCAUCUGCCUCAUAGUUCCAGGGAAAUGAAGUUGCCUCUUGAUUUCUCCAACACUCCUUCUCGAAUGGAAAAUGCCAAUCUUCCUGCCAAGCAGGAAUCUUCUUGGAUAAACCAGAGUGAACAUGGUGUUAAAGAACCUCAGUUGGAUACUACAGACAUUCCACCAUUCAAAGUUGAAGGUGCUGAAUCAACUCACUAUGCAGACCUCUGGCUUUUAAAUGACUUGAAAACAAAUGAUCCUUAUAGAUCCUUAUCUAACUCAAGCACGGCUACAGCUACCACAGUUAUUGAAUGCAUCAAAUCCCCCGAGAGCUCUGAAUCCCAAACAUCCCAAUCAGAAUCAAGGGCAACCACUCCAUCUCUUCCUUCUGUUGACAAUGAAUUUAAACUGGCUUCACCAGAAAAACUGGCAGGCUUGGCAUCUCCAUCAAGUGGCUAUUCAAGCCAAUCUGAAACACCAACUUCCUCAUUCCCUACAGCUUUCUUUUCAGGUCCACUGUCUCCUGGAGGUAGCAAAAGAAAACCUAAAGUUCCAGAAAGGAAAUCUUCCUUACAGCAACCCUCUUUAAAAGAUGGAGCCCUAUCACUGAGCAAAGAUUUGGAACUUCCAAUCAUACCUCCUACCCAUCUUGACCUAAGUGCUCUUCAUAGUGUUUUGAACAAACCAUUCCACCACCGUCAUCCACUGCAUGUUUUUACUCAUAAACCGAAUACAGUAGGAGAAAUCCUGAGGUCAAAUCCUCCACCAUCCCUUGCAAUUACACCAACAGUCUUGAAAUCUGUUAACCUUAGGUCUGUCAGUAAGUCUGAAGAAGUUAAACAAAAAGAAGGUAACAAUACAGAUCUCCCCUACUUAGAAGAAAGUGCUGUCACAAUGGCUGCCUUGUCUCCUGGUAAGAUUAGGCCACACACAGCAAAGAAAUCAAUACUGCAGCAGUACUCUACUGAAGACACUCUACUGUCCUUUUUAGACUCCUCUGUAGUUGAGAUGGGACCAGAUAAACUACAUUUGGAAAGGAAUCCUACUUUUGAUGUGAAGAGUCAGUGUGAUCCAGAAACUGUAACCUCAGCCAGUAGCAAUCUUCGAGAUUCAAAUGUGAUGAAAGACCAAACACAGAUAGAGAGUGAGCCUAUUCCAGAAAACAUAUCAAGUAAAAACUGCGGGUUUUCUACAGAAGGAUUUCAAAGCGUGUCUGCUGCACGCCCCAAUGAUUUAGGCUGUAAAAUCAUGCAGUAUGGAGCUGGUCUAGAUGGAGCCCUAGAACAAGCACAGAAGGCAUCCUCUGGAAUUCAGGAAGAAGUUGGACAGCCAGAAUCUGUGGAUGGACUCACAUUUCAAUCUAACUCACCAACUGGAGUAACAGACAUAAGCAGUCAACGUAAGCAUCAACUACUUAUGAGCCGCCACCAGAACAAAGUGCCUGUGACUCUCCGCUAUGAAUCAGAGAUAUCAACUGUAAAUUCAUUCCCCGAGAAAUGUUCUGAAUGGGAAAAUAUUGCUUCAGGUAUUUCACCCAAAAGUGCCUCUGAUAACAGCAGAGCAGAGGAGACCCAAAGAUGUAUGGAUGAGACUUCAUUGAAAGAAUUAUCACCAAGCGAUGACGCCAUCAUUUCACCACUUAGUGAAGACUCUCAAGCUGAAGCAGACGGUGUGUUUGUGUCUCCAAACAAACCUCGAACAACUGAAGAUCUAUUCGCUGUCAUUCACAGAUCCAAGAGGAAAGUGCUUGGCAGAAAAGAUUCCGGGGACAUGUCUGUUAGAAGCAAAUCAAGAGUUCCCCUUGGCGGCGGCAGCAGCAGUGCCAGUUCUGUCACCUCAUCCAGCGGCAGUGUGACAGCUGGGAAUAGCCAGAGGUCUCCUGGUCUGAUCUACCGCAAUGCCAAAAAGUCCAACACAUCCAACGAAGAGUUUAAGCUGCUGCUCCUUAAGAAAGGCAGUCGCUCAGAUUCCAGUUACCGAAUGUCUGCCACCGAGAUCCUGAAGAGUCCGGUCCUGCCCAAGCCUCCUGGGGAACUCACUCCAGAGUCCUCACAGAGCACGGAUGAUGCCCAGCAGGGCUCUCCCGGGGCCGAGUCAUUGUCUCCUCUGUCUCCAUGUUCUCCACGAGUCAAUGCAGAAGGGUUUUCUUCGAAGAACUUUGCCACCUCAGCAUCGGCCCGAGUUGGACGCUCCCGAGCCCCACCCGUGGCCAGCAGCAGCCGGUACAGUGUCCGCUGCCGGCUGUACAAUACGCCAAUGCAGGCCAUUUCUGAGGGAGAGACAGAAAACUCCGACGGGAGCCCGCACGAUGACCGCUCCUCUCAGAGCUCCACAUAGUUUGAGCCAACCUGUACCCGAAUGUUCAGCCCCUUAGUAAUGAAAGAAUUUUGGGACACCGUGGAAGAAUUGGGGGAAGUGACAACAGGGUGGGGUAGCAUCGCAUCGCUGCUUGGCAAUGAAUUUCUAAAUAUACGCUGGGGAAACAGAACGUGGUUUAGUUUUUCUUGAUUAGUUUCCAUGUUUUAAGUAGCUAUUCUUGUCUCUCAAGGUUUUCUUUAGCAUAGUUUGAUUUGCCCGAUUUCAUUCCUUGUGAUAACAGAGAACACAAAUUAUCUAACUUUCUUGAAACUUGGACAAGUUUUUCCCAGAGCUGCCUAUUCAGAAAAUAAAGCCCUCACUGUCAUGAUUCUUUAAGAAGAUGCAAUUACUCUGGAAGUUUGGUAUUUUUUUACAUUAAAAUGAGCUAAAGCAAAAUUUAGAAGAAAGAACUACACAUAUGUAAAUACCAUAUUUUUGAUAAAAUGUGUAAAUAGAUUUAUCAAUGAGUGGACAUGUAGCCAAUUAUCUACCGUAUACCAACUGUUUAUAGAAGACACAAAAAUAAAGUGUAAUAACUGUAUUCUGUGAAUACCAUUUUCAUAUCAAAUACCAUAUUUAAAUGUCCACCAAAAUGAUUCCUGAGUGAUAAACUUCAAAAAGGAAUUUAAAACUGGUGAAAUAAUGGAAUUCUUGAGGUCAUAUACUGAAAUGUGAUUAAUUUAAAAUAUUA